AGUAUAUAUUACACUAUAGUAGAAGAGGAAAAAGAACCAGCUGACAAUCAGUGACAGCAGUCCAUUCCACCGCUACACAAAGAUGGCUACCAUGUUGUCUCGAACAAUAUCAGUUGCUGAAAAUCUCGUUCGUUUAAACAGUUCUAAGAUUCUCUCACGAACAAAUGGCGUAACAAAACAAGCCGUUAGAAAUUUAAAUGUUCAUGAACAUAUUUCUUAUUCUUUACUUAAUGGAGCUGGUAUUCCAACUCCUAAAUUUGGAGUUGCACGAACUCCUGAUGAAGCAGCUAAAUUUGCUGCUGAACUUAAUACUAAGGAUAUCGUCCUCAAGGCACAGGUUUUGGCUGGAGGACGAGGCAAAGGACAUUUUAAAGAUAGUUCCUUAAGUGGUGUCAAAAUGUGUGAAACACCAGAAGAAGCCAAAACCUUAGCUGCUGGAAUGCUAGGAAAAUUAUUAAUUACAAAACAAACUGGCGAGGGAGGCAGAAUCUGCAAUGCAGUCAUGGUAGCCCAAAGAAUGUUCCCUCGUAAAGAAUAUUAUCUUGCAGUGAUGAUGGAACGAGCUUUUGGAGGCCCAGUUAUUAUUGCUUCAAGUCAAGGCGGUGUAAAUAUUGAGGAAGUAGCUGCAACAAACCCUGAUGCUAUCAUGUAUGAACCUAUUGACAUCAAUAAAGGCAUUACAAAAGAACAAGCUGGUCGUAUAGCUGAGAAACUGGGUCUAGAACAUGUCAAAGAUUAUAUUGCUAAUAUUAUUCUCAAUUUAUAUGAUCUUUUUGUCAAAAAGGAUGCUCUUUUACUUGAAGUUAAUCCUCUUGCUGAAGACAUUCAAGGAAAUUACUUUGCCCUCGAUUGCAAGUGUAGAUUUGAUGACAACGCAGAGUUUAGACAGAAAGAUCUAUUCGCUCUUCGUGAUUGGAGUCAAGAAGAUCCUAAAGAAGUUGAAGCGGCCAAGUUUGAUCUCAAUUAUAUUGCUCUAGAUGGAAAUAUUGGCUGUAUGGUAAACGGAGCAGGUCUCGCUAUGGCUACCAUGGAUAUUAUUAAAUUACAUGGUGGAGAACCAGCCAACUUUCUUGAUGUUGGUGGCGGAGCUACUACCUCAGCUGUUAAAGAAGCUUUUAAAAUUAUUACGUCCGAUCCAAGGGUGCAUGCUCUACUUGUUAAUAUUUUCGGUGGUAUUAUGAGAUGUGAUGUUAUUGCUGAAGGAAUUAUUGCUGCUACAAAAGAGCUUGACCUCAAAAUUCCUGUUGUUGUUCGGCUCCAAGGAACAAACGUAGAUGAGGCGAAAGCUUUGAUUGCCAAUGCUGGAUUGAAAAUUGUUCCAGUUGAUGAUCUUGAUGAAGCAGCGAGAGUUGCAGUCAAAUUAUCAACUAUAGUAAAAUUAGCUCAUUCGGCAAAUCUUAGUGUAAAUUUUGAAAUUCCACAAAUUUCAUAAAAUAAUUAUAAUUAAAUUAAUUAAUUGAAAUUUAAGCAAAAAUGUGGAUUUUUGGGAAACUAAACAAAUCGUUCUAUGUGAUAUAAUAACUGAGAAGAUGAAAGCUAACUAUAAUAAUAAUUUCAAAUUAACAUGCUGAAUUGAAUAUGUCCAUUAAAUUAUUUUUUUUGAGUACUUUUUAUUGAUGAUGAAAAAAAAAGGAAUUAUUUUUUUUAAUCAAUGUAUUGCAAAUUUAUUUAUAAAUUAUAUAAGGACACAUUUUUAGCUAAUUUACAAAGAAUAAAUGUAGUUUUAAUUUUUAA